CAAAAAUUCAAUUUUAGAAUGUGUGGGGGGGUCAUGUCCCUCGCUGCUGACUGUGAACCUUCUUAUCACGACCAUCGUAAACAUGCGCAGAAACAGCGCAAAUCUGACGUUUGAGGAAGUUACGUGGCAGCUGCUAGCAACAAGCUAACUUCAAAACAACAUGUUGUGGAGCACACAGCAGGUCAGUAGGCAUUGGUUAGUUGUUUGCUCAUCAUGGUCAAAUUAUAUCAUAGAUUACUCUAGUGUAAAUGGAUAUGUCUGAGAUUUAAUUUACUACGGAGCUCAGUUUGAUAGCCUUGGUCAGCUGAUGACGUUGUUGUUAUUCUUCCUGCUAGCUAGUUAGCUUUGCAUUCCACACAUUCUCUGUCUUUUGUUGUACAGAAAUGGUUCCAUCAAAUCUUGGGGAAGAAAUGUCUACUGAAGUAACGUUGCCACUUGAGUGGGAGGACGAUGAACGGAUGAAUUUCCUAUUCUCCGACUUCAAAGAAAACCGAGAUGUCAACACAACAGAUUGGGACAGUAAAAUUGAUUUCUGGACGUCACUCAUUCUUAAAAUCUGCAGAAGUCGCAGAACCGUCUGUAUUAAUUUGCAAGAGCUGAACAAGAUUUUUCAGAGAAAAGGAAUUGUACCUUUGGGUUUGGGUACUGUCAUUCAGUGCAUGGCCAGGUAUAAUAUAAUAUCAAUGCAAUGCAUCUGCUAAAGUGUGAGAAAAACAGCCUACCUAAAUGUGCCCUAGUCCCACUAUCCUUACCUUACUGUACUUGUCUGUAUUCCUGGCAGGUGCGGCAAGAUACAAAGGGAGUCAGAGUUUGCAGCAAAUGUAGACUGUGGGUGGGUGUCUUGGGGUGUUGGCCUGUUACUGGUGAAGCCUUUAAAAUGGACCUUUUCAACUCUUCUGGGUAGCAGUGGGGUUUCUUUGGAGGAGUCGUUUGUUGUCAUUGAACUGGUAAAGGUGUGUAUAAUAAAUUAAUUCAAAACAUGACCAAGGGGCUUGCAGGUUUAUCCAUUUAACACUAACCUUUUAUUUUCUGUAUGUUUCCUCCAGGAAAAGGCAGCAGAAUUGCUUGGUGUCUACUGGAGCUCCCCAGUGGCCAACUGCUCUCUCCUGUCCUUCCAGGAGCUCCGGACACUGUCUUCCCAUGUCUGUGUUGACGAGAGUACCCUGUGUAUGGCUCUGCUACAGCUGCAAAGGGAGAAGCAGGUGACAGUAUCACUGCAUGAAGGCGAGAAGGUGAGUAUAUGAGAAUCCUUCAUUGAAGUUAGCAUAUUAUUAGGCUACAUUGUAGGCUACAGUAACUCAUACCAUUAUCCAUGAGCUUUCACACACAUUGUUAUGAGGAUAAUGUCACUGUGUCAAUGUGUUGCUUUGAGCCAAUGUUUUGUUUGUCUUUUCACAGAUUGUUAAGUUUUCUCAGCCAGGACAGGACCGUGUGUCUUCAGUCAGUGAUGUGGACCUAGGCAUCUACCAGCUACAGCGCAGUGAGAGACUGCUUGAAGUGCGGGUGGAGGCAUUGGGUCUAGAGGCAGAGAAGUGCGUCCCUGACACAUCAUUUAGUGUUGUCUCGUGCAGUCUUCAGUCUUAAUUGCUUUUUUUUGUGUUUUUUUUGCUUGUGCUGUAUUAUCUUUUUGUAGGUGCAAAGAAGAAGCUAGGGUGUUGCUGCGGGAAGGGAAGAAAUCUCAGGUAGAUUUACAAUCCUUUGAUCCUGUGUUGACUUUUUGUCUUUCACCAAAACUCAAAUGCUGUCUGGGAAACCUCAAUACAUUUUUCUCCCCCAGGCCCUGAGGUGUUUGAGAAGCCGAAAGAGAGUCGAGAGGAAAGCAGACCGCUUAUAUGCCCAGCUGGAGAAUGUGAAGGGAAUCUUGGACAGGAUAGCAAACUCACAGACAGACAAACUGGUGAGUAUGCACUUGAUACAUUGACAUUCAAAAAUCUAGCCAAAACAGAGCAAGCGCUAAAUUUAGCCUAAAUGUGCAAUGUGGGUAAUUUGUGGGUGAUGUUAUUACUCUUCUGAGUUCUACAUGCAGUAACUAAGGUCUUCUUUUCUCUUUGUAUGACUCUUUCUGCAUGUCUCUAUAGGUGAUACAGGCAUAUCAGGCUGGAGUGUCAGCCCUGCGACUCUCUCUGAAGGAUGGGACUGUAGAAGGAGCUGAGAGCCUUGUCGAUCAAAUCCAAGAGGUCAGACUCUUCUUAACUGAGACUGCAUUUAGGUGCUGUUAUUGACAGUGGUGUAAAGUACUUAAGUAAAAAUGCUUUAAAGUACUACUUAAGUUGUUUUUUGGGGUAUCUGUACUUUACUAUUUAUAUUUUUACAACUUUUACUUCACUACAUUCCUAAAGAAAAUAAUGUUUUUUUUACUCUAUACAUUUUGCCUGGUCAUCCCUACUGCCGCUAAUCUGGCGGACUCACUAAACACACAUGCUUCAUUGGUAUUAUGUCUUGAGUGUUGGAGUGUGCCCCUGGCUAUCUGUAAAAAAUAAAAAAUAAAGAAUGGUGCCGUCUGGAUUGCUUAAUAAAAUGUAUUUGAAAUGAUUUAUAGUUUUAAUUUUGAUACUUAAAUAUAUUUAAAACCAAAUACUUUUAGACUUUUACUCAAGUAGUAUUUUACUGGGUUACUUUCACUUUUACCUGAGUCAUUUUCUUUUAAGGUAUCUUUACUCUUACUCAAGUUUGACAAUUUGGUACUUUUUCCACCACUAAUUAUUGAGCUGUUGCAUGUCCACAUCAAUCUAAAUGUAUUUUCUCGCUGUUUGGUAUUACAGUUGUGUGACACUCAGGAUGCAGUGAACCAAACUUUGGCUGGUGGAGCGCUCAACUCAAGUAUGUCCUAUCCCAUAUAAUACAGCUACUUGGUUGUAGUGCCUAACUUAGACAAUUUCAUAAUUACAUUUCCAAUAUCCAGAGGGUCUGAGAAAUUAUCAAUGAUCCUAUUGAUAUUUGUUUAGCGGAUGCAGACACAGACGAGCUGGAGGAUGAGCUGAGAUCUUUAUUGGAGAACUCUACUCUGGAUGGCCCUUCCACGCUUCCUGAAGUACCAUCACACCCUCUAUCACCGGUCAGGGAAUCUGGUUCCCUUUGUGAUGAUCUGCUGAGUGCUUUGCCCUUAGUCCCUCAAAGCCACUUCAAUAUCACAGAUGAGGAACUGGACAAAGAGCUGAGUCGCCUAACCCUUGCAGAUACAUGUAUGCCUCUAUCUUGUUCCUUUAUCUUUUAAAUACUACCACAAAAGAGGCUACUGAAGUAACCUUUGUUUACGCAUCACUCCCAUAGGUCUUCAACUAAAAGAUCAUACCUCGCCAGUGAAGAGGGCUGAGCCUGCACAGUGACAACACUAAUAAAAGAAGUCAACUGCAAUAUUACCCUGACCCUCAGAGUUUUUGGGCACGGUGAUCAAAAAUAAUUGUGAUAUGUAUUUUGUAACAUGCUUAUUGAUGUCUGUGAUCACGAUGAUACACUUUUUAAAUGUACUUAUAAGUGGCCUUUGUGAAGUUUAUGUAUCACUCACUCUAAUAAAGAUAUCGGUAACAAUCAUGAUGCCAAAUUAUAAAGCCACUAUUUCAGAUUGACUGUAAUGGGGUUGGGUUGUAUAACAAUACCAUUAUCAGUUAUAUGCCAAAUACAGUGCAUUUGGAAAGUAUUC